CAGGAAGAUAAAGCCUGUCCACCCACUUUGAAUAAUUCAGUUGAAGCAUCAUGAUCUGUGGAGGAUGAAGGAGUCAGUGUUCCUGGCUUUGCUGUUCACCUGUCUGAACCUUACAGUUUUACUUGCAGCUCAAACACAGCUGAUUGGUUCACAUCAACCAAUCGUAGUUCUGGUCAGUGAUGAUGUUCUUCUUCCAUGUCACCUUGAACCUGCAGUCAGCGUCAGUGAUGAGACAGUGGUGUGGACCAAAGCAGGUUUGGAGCCAAAGUACGUCCAUUAUCACCAAGAUGGACGACUGCUGUUUGAGAAACAAGAUCCAUCUUAUUCUUUACGAACAAGACUGUUUAUGGAUGAACUGCCGCGUGGAAACGUCUCCAUGAAAAUAUUCAGUGUGAAACUGUCUGAUGCUGGAACCUACAAAUGUUCUCUCCCUGCAAUGAAGAAGGAAGCUGAGGUGAAACUAAUUGUUGGACAGUCUGAUGUGAUUGGCUCAGACCAACCAGUUAAAGUACUAGUCAGUGAUGACAUCAUCCUGCCGUGUCACCUGGAGCCUCCACUGGAUGUAACAACACUAUCAGUGGAGUGGAGACGUGGUCCAGUCCUGGUCCACGUCUAUAGAAACAGGGGGGAUGAUCCAGUUUCUCAGGACCAGAACUUCAAAGGUAGAACUUCUCUCUUCCCAGAUGAGAUGACCAGAGGAAACAUUUCUCUAAAACUGACCGACGUCACUGAGCAGGACGCAGGAAAUUACACCUGCUCUGUUCCCAAACUGCAAAGAAGCUCCGUUACACUUGUUGUUGAGCCACCACCAGCCCGUGGUUUUCACUCCACUUUUAUAGUUAUCAUUACUGUCAUUGCUGUGACUGUACUUGUUGUUAUUGGCGCAUUUCUGAAGAACAGAAAGAUCGGAGAAAGACAAACGUUGCCAAAGACCAGGCAGUCCUCUGAUCACAGUACAGAGAGUGAUCAAGAAGAAAAACAGUUCUUGAGCAGUAGGCCUCACUGGACUGACAACAGCACAACUAAGCUCACCAUAGAGGAGAAGAUCCUCCAACAACAGAACAUCAACAGGUAUAUCCACAGCAGCCCUGACAUUUACAAUAUCAGCCACUCUGCAGGUCUCUGUCACCAUGACCGGUCCACUGCAGCCUCAACCAACAGCAGUCCAACAUCUGGUAACUUCCUCCAGAACAAGGAUCCAAACGAUGCCAGGUUGAAGUGUUGACAUUUA